GUCCGUUGGCGUACGUUGGAAUCGGCAUACGGCAUCGAUAGUACAGUCUUGUGAACGUGGUUGUGCGCUUUUUUGGCACGGCGUGCGAGUGAUUCGGUGACUCGGUGGCUUUCUUUCUCGCUUGACAUUGUGCCAUAACGUGUGAUCCCGCAAUGAAGUGCUUGCUAGUGUUAAGUGCCUUAGUGUUAGCUUUGGCUAGUGCAAGACCGGAAGGAUACAGUUACUAUACGCCACACGGUUCCGAGUCCGGCCAUUCGGCGACUUCCAGUGCUAGUGUACUGUUUAGCUCUGGUGCGAGCGCUUCCGGCAGUGGUGGUGCUGUGGUGGACGAUUGUGAAGAGCCAGCACACGAACAGCUGUCUCCGUACCAGCACAGCCAGGUGCAUUUCUUCGCCCCAGAAGCCCCGGUGGCACAUGUCGAGACUUCCUCCUACCAGAGCUCGUCCGCUGGGCAUCAUGCGCAGCAGCAAGCAUCACUUCCUGUAGCUCACGCGCAGCUAUCCCUGUCUAGUGGAUCGUCCGGCUCCGGACACUACCAAUACCAGCAUCAGCAGCAGCAGCAACAGCAACAACACCAGACACACCACCAGACCGUCCAGCACCAGGUGCACCAACACGUCGCUGAGCCUCAGAUCGAGUACUUCACCAGCGUACAUCAGGGGCAGAAGCAGCAGCAGCAGUCUCACCAUCAUCAAUCCCACCACGAAGCUUCCGUCCACUACGUGCAGCAGCCCGUCGUUAAGGAGGAAGUCCACAAGCACGUCUACGUGCACGUGGCCCCAGAAGAGAAGGAAGAAAUUCACCAGAAAGUGAUCCUGCCUACCUACACCAAGCAGAAGCACUACAAGAUCAUCUUCAUCAAGGCACCGUCCCCACCGACCGUCAGCAAGGUGGUCCUGCCCCAGCAACCCGUCAACGAGGAGAAAACAUUGGUGUACGUGCUGCACAAGAAGCCGGAGCUCGAGCAGGAAAUUGUCGUACCGCCGCCAGCCACUUCCAAGCCCAGCAAACCGGAAGUUUACUUCAUCAAGUACAAGACGAAGAAGCAGGAGCAGCAACACUCCUACCAUCACCAGGAAGAGCAGCACUCGUCCAGCUCGUACAGUGGAAGUAGCAGUAGCGGAACUAGCGGUGGCUAUGAAGUGGCCGAUCUUGCCGGAUACGGCGGAUCGUUCGGUAGCAGCUUUGCGCCGAUUGUCGUUACGGAAGGAUCGUACCACAGCACGACACCAACGCCGGUUAAGGUGACGACGGUGCACUCGGUCGCCUCUUCAUCGUCCAUCGCUCCAUCAUCGUCGUACGUUAGCAGCACGGCCAGCAGCAGCAGUGGCAGCCACAAGGCUCAAGCCAUCAAGGUGACCAACAUUGGUCUGUCGGGAUAUUCUAGCGGCGGUAGCACCAGCUCCGGCUCGAACACUAGCAGCCGUCAGCGUGGUUCGAAAAAAUCCUGCGGCAAGUGCACCAAGACCAACAGUGCUCCACUGACCGUCGGUGGCACACUGGAUGCAUUCGUGUCGAACGUGUUCUAGAUGUAGGAAGCCUUUUCUUCUAGCUUUUAAACAAUCUUAGAUCCUUCUACUAGCUUACUAAGACACCGCUCCCCCCGUUGAAGAGAUCCGUCCAGAUUCUUCUCAGCAGCUCGUCUGAGGUCACUGUUAAAUAAAAGAAAUGUCAUAGCUAAUACAACCAACACGCUUCCCAACACGCGGCAUUACAUUCGCCUGUCUGCCGUCCAUUGCACGCCCAUUAUGCAAUCCUGAAUGAGUCGUCAGCCAAAACACUUACGCUCAUUGUCAGUUGCGUACCGUCAAGGAACCGUUGUGAAAGGGCCGAAUGAUCGAUAACGCUGAUCCGAUCCGGGCAAAAGAGAAUGUACGGACCGGGUCCUUAUGCCGAGAGUUUUUCCUUUCGGUCGGUUCGGUUGAUAAUGGUGAUGUUCUUCGGAUCUUCCCUUACCCUUGCCUCCAAUGGUAUGUAAUUAGUGGUGCGAAUUGGCCACGAUUUGUCGCCUCGGCCGUGUAGCUGGUGAUGAAGUGUGGUCGCACUGACAAUCGGCCGACGACCAGCCACGAAGCCCGCUUGUUGUGCUUGUGCGAUCUCUUUGUUGCCCUGGCAUUACUGUUUGCGUUUGCCAAUUUACUUCGCCAAUAUCGUCCCUUCCACGAUCGCGGACGCCUCGGGACAUAAAUGCGCGUUAAUCAUCCUAAUGUUUUAUCGACUGUCCCCCUCUCUCUCUCUCUCUCUCUCUCUCUCUCUCUCUCUCUCUCUCUUUCAUCUUCUCACAAAAUUAUCCGUCCAAAGUCACGUCUCACGUAGGAGCAACCAGUGAGGCCUCAACAGGUGCCUAAGAUAACUGAAUGCCUUCGGAUUUUCGAUCGCUCAACAUUCAUUGAUGGUUGUCGGGUUACUUUUUUUCCUCGUUCCUUUUUCCUCCUUUUUUGUUUACCUUUCUCUUCAUCUCUUUGGGAAGCAAUAAAAGAUAUUGUAUGUGUAACU